AUGCCACAAGCAGAUAACAAGAUGGAACUAGAAGAGAGUUAUCUUUCAAGACUAUACACAUCCCAGCCAUCAACACUUCCAGAAGACAUUAAGAGCUAUGUACUGAAUCCAAAAAACGCCGAUAAUGAGAUACUGUACUUGGAGAAAUACGUCAAUGUCAAAAACCCGGAUCUUAGUAAGAUCAUAUUCAUAACUGAAGUUCUAGGAAAAUGUCUAAGAAGACAUUCUGAGUUCAGGGAUUAUAUGAAGCUCCUAGUAGAGUUGAUGGAGAGAUAUAAUGACUAUCCGCACUCUAUAUUCUGCCUUCGAAUCAUCAAGUCUAUUUCAGGAUCGAAGUUCUAUACUCCGCUGUCUUUUUACAUUCUUAGGAUACUGAGAAAUGCAAUAUCAGUGAAGAAUCUUACUGCAAGUGGAAGAAGCAUAGACUAUGAUAUGCUAAACCCAGAUAUGGAGAGAUGUAAAAGCGAGGAACAUCAGAUGUUUGUUAUAGAGGAGGCAGGGUCUCUUUUGCUGAAGCAUAUGUCAAUGUUUUCGAAGAACAUUGGGUUCCCUGAGCUGGCAAGUGUCGUGAUUAAUGAGCUUAAGAAGCUUCGGACGGGGAUCUACAAAGAGGUUAUAGGGAAGAUGAUAUUUGAUAUCAAUGAGCAGAGGGAAUAUGUCCUCGAGAAGAGAAACAAAUUGAAGCUAAAUGGUAUAGAUGGAAAAGCAAUAUCUUUAUUUGAAAGCAGCAUUGAGAGGACUAUUAGGUAA